CGUCAACACGUACAUAUAUAAGCUGAGUCCGCGUUCUCUUAGGAUAGUUUUCGUUAAAUUUUGCGUGGCCUUGUCAACCUCACACUCUCGACGUUUCUUAAUUCUUAACCAUUGACUCAAGCGGGAUCGAUACGUGAGUACCUUUGUCAUUUUGUUUAGGUCACGUUGAAUGGUUCUAGGCGAAAGAAUACAAAUGAACGUUAUUGAGCAACGUGAACUAAUUUAUAACAGUGUAAAUUGGAAAACGCUCUUGACGCUACCAGAGAGAACGCCGACCGUCUUAAGUUCGAGAGCCUGAGGCUGUUAAUUAGUUUCUUUUUUAAUGUGUAAUUCUUUGAUUGGAUAUCGCAUGGUGUUUUACAUAGUUUUUAUGCUGGUACAUCAUUUAUGUAGUUUUUUUCAAUUUCAGUACGCUAUAUACUCAAAAUCGUUCAUUUGUCUCCUGUAAGUUUUGGCUUUUAGUACGCAACUUUUUUCCACUAAAUUGAUAAAAAUCUGUUGCGUUGUUGCUUCAGUUUACGAUCUUUUAUUCUGAUGCAAUAAAUCGCCGAUAACCGUCAGCUUUGGUUUUCCGUGGGUUAUUUGUCUUUGGGAACAACCUGUAGAGUCACUCAUUAGUUGCGAAACGCCUAGGACUCGUUUCGUUUUGCUUCGUUUUGGAACUUGGCAGUCGUUGCAAACGCUAAAUCUGUUUCCUUUAAAAGCAACUUUAAAGUUUUUUAAUUCAUUAAGUUCGAUUGCAUUGAAAUAUCAAAAUGAACUAUAAUUGGAUAAUUUCACUUCCUCACCGCCGUCACACCUAAGAACCGAGGUUUGUCUUAAACCUUGACCGUUGGUCCUUCACCAGCCUUUUAACCCUUUACACCCUAACAUCAGUAGACAUAUUCUCCAUACUGUUCUCAAUACAUUUCCCAGGAUGCUGACAAGGAGAAUUUGUUUAACAAUCAGAGCUUCUAUCGUUUGUGAUUAUGUCCUUCUUUCUUGUGACCCUUAUGUGUGAAUUUGGGGCGAUAUUGUAAGGAGAAAUCAGAUGCUAAUCACUCUUACAUGCUAGUCACUCUAGUCUCUCUUGUUAAAGGUCCACAGAGAUAAUCACUUUUUCUUGACGAAGUAGAAUUUCGAAGCCAAUCAGUCACUUCUAAUCAUUCUAUCGCAGAUUUCAAGUUUAGUCAUCCAGGAGAUCACAAAUAUUCAACCUUGGCUUGUUUCCCAAUGAAAUGGGCUUUACCUUAUUUAAGUUACUUGGAAAUGAAUGACAUAAAUUGCUGGCCAAUAUUACAUCAACUAACUGAACAUAUGCAAAACAUUUUACAAAAAACCUGAAAUAUGAUUAUGAAGCGCUAUCUGGUUAUGCUAUCUAUUCCGUGCCGAGGAAAGCGCUCGUUAAGUGAAACAACCGCCUUAUUUUCUGAAAUAUGAACGCUCUGCUAACGCACUGGAGUUCCGUCAGGGUGAUAAAUGUUUAUGACACAUUAGGGCACGUGACUACCUUUCCAUGCAUCAUUUUCACUUGGAGUAGUAGGAAACGUUUGCUAUGUAUGUAGAUGCCAGCCUACAAAGUGAAGACCUGUAGAUAACUAGUAAGAAUAAGUCUAAUCAAAAGUAUUUAGUAAAUACUCUUGAAGUACACCAUGAGGAAUUGAAUGGGUUUCCGACAUUUUCCCAGUUACAUACACUCCAGACAUUGGACUUUUUCAUAUUCUUCCAUGUAUGAAGUCCACUUGUUUCCAGGAACUGAAACGUUUCGCACCAUUUGCAAGUUGACUUCCAUCUCAUGCUUCCCAAAAUGUUGUUAUAUUCACGAAGAGCAAUCCAAAUGAGUGCAUGUGAUUCAUUUAUUGGUAGUUUUCGAAGAGCUAAAACGUGAAGUUCUUCUAGUUGUCAACCUUUAUCAAUUUCGUCAGGCUAAGACUGCUGUGACCAUUGUGUUUUACAGCGAAAAUGAUCUCGAUAAUAUUCCUGGUUUGGCUGUUUACAGUUCAGCAUCGAAGCAGGGUAGGAAGGGGCAGAUCGCCUUGAAACUUUCCCUUAAAAUCCCGGCCAAAUACAAUUUAGAUAAUUGGAUUUUUCACACAAUUACCACAGGUCUAGAAGAGUGCCAGGAAUAGACGAUCGCGAGUAGGAGUUAAAGUAGAGGGAGAACGGUUGUAAGGUCCAAGCAUAACAUUAAUUUUAACUGAAAGCCAUAAUAAAGCGAAUAUAAGAGCAGCUAUGGGGAGCAUUUUAUGGAAAUUCUUUUUGGCUUUGAUCUCAACUUUUUAAUUGGCCGUAGUCACUUGCCCUGGAAUCCUUCGCAUCCAUAUUCUGUGGAUGAUAACGGUGUAAAGAAUGAUUAUUUCCAACAUUUAUGAACUGCGCUUGGCGCGAAAAAGCGAGAAGACAGGCAUAUUAUUGCUAUGUGCACAUCGAUAAAUUAUAAUUAAGCAGAUAAAAACAGCUUUUAGGACGAGGAAACUAUCGUAUUGCAGGCAAAAUAGCUCAAUAGUGGUUUAACUCCCUUACAUGGCUUGGCUCACAAUUUCGCAGGUCUUCAACCGUCAGAGGUGCAGAAAAUCAGGGAUUUCUUUUCGAAUAAGUAAAUAGUCAUACAAAGUGGAAAAAAAGAACACGAAUUGAAUAUGUGUAACUUACCAAAUACGCCAAACCCUAUUACAGCUAUUCUUUCGCCGCGGCAAACUAAUACUCUAACCUCAAAGUGGGCACGAUCCUCGUCCAAAUUGAGCUAUUUUUUCGGCGAAAACUACACUUUCGGCUUUUGCUGAAUUUUUCUUUAUGAUUUCUGUGCGGGAACGGGGUCUUUCCAUACUUGUGCUCAUUUUAAAGGCCACCCGAAGGGCCGGGAACCUUUUCAUCCAUUCCUAACUUCGACGCAGGACGUUUGGAAUUCAGACUGUGGGAAAUCCAAUAUCGCCUGAUACAGGAAAGGUGUGACAAAAACAUAAAACUCACCCUUACUGAGAAUGCAGCAUCAAAAACGUGUCAAGGAGCUUCAAAAUGGUCUGCAGAUGCCGGUCAGGUAUAUAUUUUGACUAACACGAUCUCUCAGUCGUAGACUUUAUCAGCCGCAAGAGAGUAUUAUAAGCUCUUGCAGCCGACAAUCCAGCCACCCGAAAGGAGUUUAUUCACAAGAUACUCCUCAUAUAUGAUUCUGACUUUAAAUCUCACUAAAGGUCGGUAACAAUUUUAUUGCUGUAUAGAAGAGAUCAAAAACAUUAGUGGCAAAAUGAAAAAGAGUAAUGUAGAAGUGAAUGCCGAUAUAAAUAAUGCGCUUCCCUUCUCCCCCAUACUGAGGAAUAGUGCCACCAAUUUAGAUUCGAUUCCUUAGUGUCCUCAUUCGAAAUCACACAAAUUAGCGGAUGGAACUGGUUGUUUUAACAGAAAUUACUUAAGUUUUUCACAGCGUGCCUUGAUCUUUCACUGAGUCCUGAGCAGUAGUGCUCUUAGUGACGAUGUCUAUUGCCCUUCCAUUUUCAAGUGGCUCUGGCGUCAGUCGUAAAACUUGUAUUCUUGUCGCUUGUUUUGUUUUGUCGAGAAGAAUAAAUAAAAUGAUAACCGCGGUGAAUGUACACUCGAAUGAUCCAACGAAUAAAAGAAAAUUUAGCUCGAGUUGAUCGCAAAAAUACAUAAUGCAUUGUAAUGGAACAGCAAAACUCGCGCGGUAGAAAACGGCAGCUAUUGCAAAGGAUGUAAGAUCUGCGCCACCAGAAAAGAUAUGGAACCAUCCGAGAAUUGCGAUUAAUAAAAACCAACAUGAUUGGAAUGAAUAGUUCUGGUCUUCGUUUAGUUGAAGCUUGAGUGGUUUGGCGAUGAGCGUAGGGAAUAUCAUCAAUACUACACCACCACUGAACUGUAAAAACCCGAUUAUUUGAACUACCAGAGAUGAUAACGCACGUUGGUUAAGUGACCAUGAAUUUUUCAAUGAGCCAAAUACCUCUUCGACCAAGGUCCUAGCCGAUGCAUGAGAAGUUUCUCUGAACCAAAUGCAAACUGUAAGCAUUGACAGAGUUGUGUCCAGUGUCAUGAAGAGUGUUGCGAAAUACAGAGGUACCAUGCCUCGAAGAAAUGACAUCAACAAGGCUGCAUUGACCAGGAAAAGUCUUUCGAAAACACUGCUUAACAUAGGCCCCUGCUUCCCAACGCAAGAACCAUUUCUAGCGACUAUGAUAUAACAGAAGCCGACAGCGAGUAGAUAAAUACCAGACAUCCUCAUAAAUCCUUCAUCUGUGUGGCUAAUUUCAAAAGCAAGAAUCGCGCUCCAAACUUUAGGAAAACACAGUAGAGAUAGUCCUCCACCUCCAUAUGCUACUAAAGAUGCCCAUUGGGUGAAUAAGGCUGUCUUCGUGAGCUUAUGGUCGGGCGAGAGCGAAAUCAUGGUCUUGAACCACGCAAACACCAUUUUAAUGGCACUCUAAGAAAAAAAGGAAUUUGAUAAGAAACGUAAUACAUCUAGGUUAAUUAGUUUGGUGCUUUGUCCUCUCAUGACUAAGAGUUAAAAUUACAUUAGUAAAAUCUCCCUGUUAAGAUUGUAAAACAAAAACGAGGUCGAAAGAUGUUCUGAAGUGGCCUAUUGCCCUUAUUGAUGUAAUGCCUUAGCUGUAUGGAGUUUAACGUAUUUUCUGGAUCAAAACUUUAAGAUAAAUUUAACUAAUUUUUCAAUUACUGCUUGGACAUGGUAAAAUUAUAUCAGCAAAGAUACAAAAAAAGUUACGCACGCGUAUUUGUUGAUUUCUUCUUGCGAUUAAAUUAUUCAGGACAAUAAUGACAGAAAAAUGAAUAAGUAAAGAUAAAACGAGGAGCUUAAAUACUGUGGGAACUUUGUUCCUUUAUUUACAGCUAUUCCACGGCCUUAUGUAUUCACUUUUCGUAAUGUACCUGAAAAAAUUACGCGCUUCUGAUUGGUUGAAAACGAGUACAUUCUCAUGGAACACGAGUGCAAAUUAUAAGUACCGCGCACGCUUUCAAAAUUUCGUCUGUCUUGACUUUCUGCGAUUUUGUGCGAUUCUGUGUAUUACUGCAAAAUACACUUGCCCUACGGGCUCUGCAAAUUUUGUCUUCGUCGAAAAAUUUGCUCGAGCUUAUUUACACCAAAUUGCACUAGUAAUAUGUCAUGGUCCGUGUUGGGAAAACCUGUGGCCGAGGUCUUGAGUACUCAAGACAGAGGAAACAGUUUUUCCCAAUGCGAACCUACCGAGGCUGAUGAAUAACAUUUUAAUUUUUUUUUAAAACUUCACGAAUUCCUGUCAAAAGAACCCGAAUAAUUUAGGACUGUAAUUACGGUACGAUCCUCCUUGAACUGUACAAUUUUGAGCUAGUAAAUGGCAGUUAAAACAGAAGUAAUUCAAAUUGAAAGAGAGACUUCACCAAAAAAAUUUUGUUAGUGUAGCGAUAAAGGUGAUUUAAAAUACUUCCAAACAAAUUUUGAAACAUUUUUUACAAGCAUCUGUCACAAAAAAAAAGCGCAUGUGUACUUUUGAAAAAAAAGAAAAAAACAAACUCAAGUUCAAUGACUGUCACGACAAUUUUUUUUUAAAAACCUUUUAACGAUCUUACGGAAAGUAAUAUUCAGUUCCAUCGAUGAUUAGUGUACGAAGAGUACUUCUGUAAAUUGCAAGGAAGUAAUUGUUUGUAAAUUCAAAUGUAUGUUUUGAGACACCUUAACUAGGCCCAAGGGGAAUUUAAAGCGGCUUUUUCUCGUUGAAUUCAUUCGGUUUUUGUUGUGCAAUUAACGGUACAAAUGGCCAAACUACCGAAAACGUAUUUGUCGUAGGACUGAAAACUUCGCUACAACGAAAAAAUUGUUUUAGAGAAUUCAGGUAUUACACGAAUGAAAGUUCCAUCGGUUAAUUCAACUGGAAACAAAUAUCUCACAGAUUUAACUUUCCGUUUUUAGGCCGCGCGUUAACCCAUUUAAUAAUGACACCUUUACUACCACAAACUCAUCUCGAAAACAAUUUUCUGCUGUCAACCAAAGUGAUUCGAGAGUGAGAAAAGAGACGAUUAAUAAGUCAUUAAUCGGCUUGAUUUGCGUAAAAAUAAUUUGCUUGAAAUGGCAACGAAGCUAGGGAUGUUCUCGGUGAACUACGAAAGCUUUACCGUGCCCGUGGGCAGAGAUAGGAAAAUCCGGAUCGCACUAAGAGCCAACCAGAUUGCAGGAUUCGUUACCGUGGCCACUGAGAAAAAGUCGCGCAUGAUUUCCACGUGGCCACAUAAAACAAAUAAAGAAUGAUUUAUUAAGCCUGAGUGUUCUUAGUAGGUUUUUUCUACUCUCUUUUGGAUAAUGAUACGCACACCUAAAACAUUUCCCUUUACCGAAAUCCAUUAAAAGUGUUCAAUUAUCACCGAACAGAAUAUUCCCUUAAAAUUACUCCACUGUAAAGCUCUCAAAAUCGAAUCAUCUGGUUCUUUGACAUAGUAGGUUUUCAACUAUCACGUCUUCUAUUAUAUUUCGAUGGGUCGAGAAAUUGUGGCAAGAAGACAGCGUUAAAGCGAUGAGCGGCUUAAAAAUUUCUUAAAGAUAGGCCAUUUUUUUAUUUACAUCGAAUUUUUCGUUUCGUUUUGUUCGAACAUGCACAAGGAAAACUAGACACUUUAGCAAAUUCAACCGAAACAGGGAUCUUCAAUGGAUCAUUACGUGAAAUACAACUCAUCAUAAGAUCUCUUUUAAGCCGUCUAGGACCCAUCCUUUAAAAUGAUGAUAAAAAGUGACGAUCGCAAGCAGGUAAAAUCUACUGAUAAGCAAUAAAAGAUAUGCCAGCGUGUCAGAAAUUUACUUACUGUUUCUUGAUACCAUCACCGUUUCACACGCGAGGUUAGGACUUAGGGUCUACUUAACAUAAAACAAUGAGGUAUUUUUGUUUUUUCGUUGUUUAUUUCCCCUCUGCAAUGUUGUUUCGUUGGUGGCAUGUUUGCUUUUUGUGGCCUCUUUAACUUCUUCUUUUAAAUAUUUACUUUGAAAUUGGUUACUGAUUAAUUUUUGUCCCACGAAUGACGUAUUCUUUCGCGUCCAGAAAUACUUUAAAAAAAUCGUUUUCAACGCAUAUGCAUACUGUUCUGGUUUAGAUAACCAUGUACAUUAAAGGCUAUCUUACCACUUUGAUCAUAAUGAAGCUCAAAUUCUCGUAAUUUACAUUGCAAAUUCUUUACAAUUCUUGUUACUCUGGUGAAAAGUUAGACAUCUAUAAGCAGGCUGUCGGUUUUAAAUAAACUCGAAAUUACACCGAGAAAAUUACAUUUUUAAAAUCAUACUCUAUGAAUUUAAUGGUAUAAUGUAACUUAUAUUUCUUUUCCACGGGAAACUCCAUUCUGGAACUUUCAGGGCUGGCUGCAGUUGGCUAUUGGUGUCUUGCCAAAGCUAUCCCACAUAUCACGUACAUCGUAAGACCUUGACUCUAACAUUUGCCUUUCUUAAAACACACUGUGUUCCCCACAAUGAUACAAGACGUGAUUUUGAACUUCAGUUCCCAAUCACUAUAUUCAUUGUUCACCUCUGAAAUUUUUUGGUUUACCAUUUCAGGUCUCACGGCGAAAUUAUUCUCAUCUUUAUCAAUUGCCGGCUGUUUCAAGUAAAUUGUACAAAAAUAAUAUUUCUUACCUUAGAUCAGAAAUGAAUGACACAAGAUUUGUUGUUUCUCGCUCGUAUAGCAAGGUUGGACAAAAAUGAUUUCCCACUUUUUCAAUUACAAUUUUGGAUUUGAAUGAUAUCACUGAUAGAAAAACAUGUAAAUUGAUGCGGCAUGUAAAUGCAACUAGAGAGAACAAGAAAGGUCCGCCGUCCUCACGUUUGAAGCGUAGUUUACUUUAAUACUCACUACAUUUAUCUCCCGCAAUGACAGCAAAUUAACUCAUCUGGGAAAAAGUAACAAAAGAAAAUCGACAAGCCUCGUAAAAGAGUAAAUAAGAGAAAGUACUUAUUUGCCUGACCACAUGUAAUGAGUAAUUUGCAUAUUGUAUUUUACAAAAAAAACAUAAGGUGUUUACAUUAAGACGUAUAGUACUUCAAAAAAAGGGAAAUUUUCACGACAUGGGAAAUAAAAACGUUAAAAGUGCUAAAAUCCGUGGAUAUUCCAAAGCUUUAAUAAAAAAGAUUUACGUUCGUGUCGCUUGGUAUGAUUAACAUGAUUUAGUGGUACGUUGACAAAAAAGUUCUUAUAGAGUUGACAAAUCUUUAGGAAAUGACAAAGACGAUAUCAUUAGAGAAAGGUGCAACGCAACGAAUACUUUGGUACGGCUGUAUUGGGGAGCAAAUGGAACAAGAUUAAUUACCAAAAAGUUAUGUCAGUUGUCAUUUCACGUUUUCUCGUACAAACCCUGUAUGAUCCUUGAUUGUUCAUGACGUUCUUACAAGUGAGUGACUUGAAAAAGUAAAAGACAUUUAUCAGAACGAUGAGUCGCAUCCUCCAGUUCAAAGUCUAUUUCAAAAGCGAUAUCAACGAAAAAUUUAGACAAAAUAAUGCUACUGACAAUGAAAAAGAUUUUAGACUCAUUUGAGUAAUUACCUCACUUAGUAAUCACCUGUACGUAGACCUGAAGAAAUUAUUUCAAACGUAAAAAAAAAGAAUAAAACAAGAUUUCUUUGUUACAAACGAAAUUAUUUUUUCGUUUAAAAAAAGGGAAAGGUAAGGUUAAUUCAGACUCAGAGAAAGUAAUCAAAAACGGCCUUGUUUAUAAACCAAUUUACCCUGACGAUAUCGUUAUACUGAUUCAGACGUGAAAGAUAUAAACGAUACGUUCAAAAUAAAUUAUUUCUUUUGUAUCUCUAUGAUGAAUUAAUUUAAAUUUCACUGGCCCAAUAGGUUUGCACGUGAAGGUUUAUUGUGAAAUUUUAAAAUUUGUCAGUCUUAGUUAGAAAUAAAGAUAACUAAAUUAUUGUGUAGAAGACAUCUGAGCAAGAAAGAUAGAAAUUUCCCAACACUCUUCAAGAUGAUAUCCAAAUGAUCUCUUGAUUAAGAAGGCGAAGAAGUCAAACGCCAUUUCUAAAAGUUUAAAUCAUAUUUAAAAAACUUCAUAGCCCUUACAUCGACAAUAAGUCACUUUAAAGUUCGAUUUUUGUUUAGUAAUGUAGCUUACAUUCAAUUACCGUUCGGCUAAGACCUUAAAAAACUGCGGGAAAAUGUAAAACCUUGCUUCAUGAGCGCUUUUGAUUGAAUGAAACAAUGAGAUUCGUUGUUAUGAUUAUCAACCUAUUUGACUGAUUAGAAUUUCAGAUGUAAAUAAAAUUAACAAAUGAAAAGCAGUGUAAAUUGACGUGGCAGGCAACCGAUGGCAACAUAGGAGAAUGUUUUCGGCCCUAAAAGGUUUGCUUUGAGUUUUGUUUCCUCUACAUAAUUCACUCAAGACAAAAAGUAAAAUAUUUGAUUUAAAACUUCAAGAGAAAACCGGGAGGUUUUUACAAAUAGUGCAGGGAAUAAAGAAUCAUGAAAGUCGAUAUCGUUUACGAGUUCCGAACUGGAGGAACGAUUUACAUAUUGGAUCUGUUUAUUACGGAGAGAAAAGAGGUUGUUUACAUAAAGAGACUAAAAACUACCUCUGGGAAAAUCUUCCGGGAAAUAAAAAGACGCUACAGGUCCAUAAUUCUUUACCUUUUUAAUGUAUUCAGCGUUAUUCAGCGUAACAUGUCCAGGUUAACUCGGAAAGAUCAGCGUAGAGGAGUAAAGGUAGAUUGUAUUUACGCAAGUUGAUAAGCCUUCCUUGAAAAGAUCGUUUUGUCGAAAAGUCAACUUCUUUGUCAAAAUUUUUCCUCGACAAGCGCACUCAUACCUGUAAUGUAAUUUUCGAAAAUGUCAAUUGUAGUCGUCGGUUCUCGAUGUUCUCAAAACACCUCUCUCAGUUGGCACGUAGGGAGGUAAACAAAAGCCAUGAAAGACCAUUAAAAUGAUAUUACAGAGGCAAUAAGCCACGAAUAAGUAUUAUUUUACUCCGUAUCUCUAACAAGUGAUUAUUGAUAUGAGUUUGUUAAUCAAAAUUCACAAACACAAGUGGGAACAAUAAAAAGUCUAUUUGCUUUUUUUUCUAAUCAUCCUAAACAGUUAGCAAAGCAAAGCAAAGUGACUUAAUAAAGCCAGAGAACGAAAAGGUUGCUGAGCAAGGCUGUUGAACGUGCGAUAAUGAAGAAAUUUAUGGUAACGCUUCUCUUAGCAAGUAUUUGGCUUACAGAUGCUGGUAAGUUUUUUGUAUUAAUGAUUACGUUAUUAGGGUACGUGAGGACUUUGGGAAGCCGAUCAUUGACCGUUAAAUUAAUUUUUGGGUUUGAAAUAAGCCAACAGUUCAACUGCGAUGGAAACAAAAGGAGUUCUAAUGUGCAUGUAUUGCAUGUAAUUCUGCAAAAUCUAAUGAUCUUCCCAUCCAAAACGAUGAUCGGGCUGAGAAUUUAAAUUCAAAACACUUAGUCUUGUAAGUCUCGUCUCGAUUUUAGAGGGAGGUUAAUACCUGAAAACAAAUUGGAAGGGAAACGAAAUAAAUUAAAAAACUUUCAAAGCUGGGUGUUUUCAGUGAACCAGUCAUUUUACAAUGAUCUGAUUUGAUGAGUUUGUUGGAUAUCCGCCAUGUGAUAUUUUCAUGAGAUCUCUAAAAGCAAAAUUCAAAUCUAUUUUUGUAAAUAGAAUAAGAGAGAAGGUGAGUUUUGAGCUCGGUAAAGAAAUAGAGAAAGAUGUUUUUCUUCUUGUCCCAAGCUCGUGACAAUACGUAAAACAUCUUUAUCUAAAUCCAUUUUUGCUCAUUAUUUCUUUGUUCCCAAUUCUUUAUUCAUUCACUCAAACUAUCAUUUCCAUAUCUUAUUUUCAUUUCUCAUCUAUCUAUCAUUUGUUGGCUUAUCUGCUUGACCAGGAGAAAACCAAGAUCGUCUGUCGUGUUUUGAUUGCCGUAGUUUCAACUCAUGGGAGGAAUGCGGUUCAAGAGAGGGUGAACAAAGAUGCCAGAAUGGACAAGAUCGUUGCGGAUUACUUUCAUUGGGCUCAUCAGUUCAUAAAAUAUACAUGAAAGGAUGCUUUAAAGACUCUGAUUGUAUAAAUUACCAGCAUCCAAACUGGUGUUCGAAAAAUGCGGCUGCUGACCCACACUGCUUUAGUGAAAUCAUUUGUUGUGAGCAUGAUUUCUGUAAUUAGGCAAAGAUUGAGGGAAAUCAAAUGUCUUCUAGACAAAAAAAACUUUUAUUUGCAGUAAUGCUUCAUUUCGAUGUGAACUGUAUUUGGCAUUAAAAUUUUCGAUUUUUGUUUGUGGAGACAUCUAUAUGUUGUUGAGGUAACCUUGUGUCUAACUUUUCCAAUCAUGUAAGGUCUUCAGAUCUUAGACCCCAUUGAAUGAUUGUGGUAACCGUUUAAAAAAAAUUGUAAAGCAUUUUUAAAAUGUUAUUUAUCAUGUGUUCAAAGCUUUGUAAACAUUAAGACAGACACAAUCACGAAAUACAAUUUCGCUUGAUUCCAUUCGAAACGAAUGUUAAGUUUAUAUUUGCCACUUGUAGUACGCAUCCAAUGUUAUCCAAUCUUACCUCGCUCAAUCCAACAGCU